AUGGUACCCUCCAAGACUUCAAAGUCGGUAUCCAAAACUAGAACUGGUCUCAAUCCUCGGUCGAGAUCGGGCUGUGUUACUUGCAAAGCCAAGCACUUGAAAUGUGACGAGACGCGACCAGCUUGUCAACAGUGCACACGGAAGGGAAUCAAGUGUGGAGGAUUCGCGCAGGGCUUGAGAUGGUCGUUCAAACAUCAGCCCGCCCUUCAGGUUUUGACACUCGACGACUUCAACCCCCCUACGCAAACAUCACCGAAACGACCAGCCGCCGACGCACCCGAGGGCCAGGCGCGCGCCAAAAAGCGAAACUCAGGUUCAGCGAGCAGCAGUAGUUCCCCAAGAAGUCGACAUUCGAUCUCUUCAUCCUCUUCUAAGAGUUCAGCUCAGCGAGAUGGGGCUGGAGAAAGGGAUGAGGAGGCCAGUGGGGCUUAUCAAAUGAGCGAUGGAGGAAUUGAUGAAAUAUCUCAACUUUUCGCGGAGGAACCCGUUUCACCUCGUCAACCAUCUCUCGGUGUGAUUGUUCAACAAUCAGGCGCCUCAAGACCCGCAGAUCAGACCCAGUUGGCUCCUUACUCACUAUCGCCCAGUCUCGCCGACACCUCUUCGGCAUUCAUCAUCAACUGGUUUGAGCAGGUGUGCCCAGCGUGGUCCGGCUUCGACUCGAACGCGAAUCUGAAUCGAAAGAUCGCCAUAGACCUCUGGAGAACCUCCGCCACGGUGUGCAGCUCUCUCGAGAGCAUGUCCGCCGCGUUCCUGGCAUCCCGACUCCCGAGCAUGAGGCAAUCCGCACUACGGCUCAUGCAACGAGCGACAGACUUCAUUCAAGCCGAGCUCCAGGUCGUGAAGGCACAAGGCGAAUUCCGCUCCGUUCCAACGGGUCUCAUAUUCUCGCUCUUCUGCUUAGGGACAACGGUCUGCUGGGUCGACUCCCGCUUGUACGGGCUCCCAUUCUUGAGAGAAGUGAGAUCUCUCAUCCGCCGGCUGAAUGCGCAAUCUGCGUCAUUCUCUACCGCGAACCAAGACAUGCUUUCGUUCUUCAAUAAGAGCUUGGCGUACUGCGAGAUGCUUCUCUCCGUGGUGCGCGAUGAUGAGCCGCUUGAUCAAGGAGACGCAGACUUGGCGCUUCAGAUCAUCGAGGAGCGCUCACCCCACCCGUGGACCGGUGUCUCUACUCUAACAACACGCCUUUUCGCCGAGUCGAUUCGGCUGUGUCGCAGCGCACGACAUCGACUGAGGCAAGCGAUGGAUCCACAAAAGUACUUCUCAAAUGCUCUUCAAGACUUGAUAGGAGCCCAGCGUCUGGAGGAGCAGCUGUUGGAGCUUGAGUUCCCGUCGGAAACCCCGGAUGUCGGCACGGGCGACAGCUCGACGCCGGUGUCCCACCUCGCUAGAGUUGCCGAAGCCUAUCGACUCUCAUCGCUGUUACACUUGUACCAGACCUUCCCUGACCUGGUCUCCCUACGACUGCCGGCCGAAUCACCAAUGACUGAGAGUGGCUCUGUGCCGUGGGACGAGUGGAUCAUUCCCCUGGCCUUGAGACUCGUCAAGGUCCUCGAACACAUCCCGGCAACUUCGGGUACCCGCGUCAUCCAGCCACUGCUGUACAUCUCGGCGAGUACCGGACUUCGCCACGACGCACCAGCUACGUCUGAUAUGAUGGGUGCUUUCGGGUCCCUGCAGCAAGACCUGAUGGGAGGGACGGGGUCAAACAUGUUCAGCCCUCCGCCGCUGUUUGAUUCGCACAACUUGUCUCAGUACAUUAGCCAGAUGGCAGAGGCUCCGACGCGGGAGGGUUCAAUGUCCAAUAUGACACUUGACGUUGGGAGUGCUCGCCACUUCGUCAUGAGGCGCUUGAGUAUCCUGGAGAGCAGCUUACCUCCGACCCCAGUCGUGGUAGCAAAGGAUCUUGUCCAGUCCAUCUGGAGGGCGUACGAUAACGAUAUCGGAUCGCCCACGGUUCACUGGAUUGACGUGAUGGAAGAUAACGACUUACGUUCAAUGUUUGGGUGA